CUUUAUCAUAGUUGUACACAUGAGGGAAACCCAGUCUCUGUGUCCCCAUUGCAGGCUGAGAUUGUGUCUUCAUUUCCUUCUUUUCCUUCUUUUCAGUGCUGCCUAUCAGUGUGCAUCAGUGCCGCCUAUCAGUGCCCAUCAGUGCUGCCUAUCAGUGUGCCUAACAGUGCCAGACAGUGCCACUUAACAAUGCCACUCAGUGCCACAUAUCAGUGCCAGUCAGUGCCGCCUAUCAGUGCCAUAUAUGAGUGCUGCCUGUCAGUGCCCAUCAGUGAUGCCUGUCAAUGCCCAUCAGUGCCACCUACCAGUGCCACCUCAUCAGUGCCACCUGUCAGUGUCCAUCAGUGCAGCCUAUCACUGCCCAUCAGUGCAGCCUUAUUAGCGCACAUCAGUGAA